AGCAGAGUCCUAUGGGAGCCGGCCAACGAGUUCCCGACGUGGAGACGACCCGACACGUUGCAGAGAGAAGAGAGAGAGAGAGAGAGAGAGCGCUCUUGCCAAGCAGCUGCCCGUCUUGUGUCUGGCUCGGCUGUACGAUCUAGCCCUGAUUCCCUCAGCCGUUGAUUGGCCCAGUCGAGAAGCGUGUGGGCCGUUGAUUCGUGUGUAGGACCGCUCGACCGUUUCGACUUGGACUUCCACAUCAUCCCCUCUGGUUCUCUGUAACUCCGCCAUGGAAACAGUCUUCUAAAACUGUCAGCAAUUCAGGAAUUCUUCAAGUAAUUUAAUCUUGGUUGGAGUGCUCUGUUUACGCUAACAAAGCUGAUAUGGGGUCUGGGGAAGAAAGCACACCUGCAAAGCCUACCAAACCAGCUGCCACAACUCAGGAAUUACCAACAACACCUCCAUAUCCUGAUUGGGCAUCACCUAUGCAGGCAUACUAUGGUGCUGGAGCUACUCCACCUCCCUUUUUCACCUCAACCGUUGCUUCUCCACCACCACCUCAUCCCUACCUGUGGGGUGGCCAGCAUUUAAUGCCACCAUAUGGGACCCCGCCACUACCAUACCCCGCCAUAUAUCCUCACAGUGGACUUUAUGCCCAUCCACCCAUGGCUGCGGGCACGGCAACAACCACCACAGGAACAGAAGGAAAGCCCUCAGAUCCCAAAGACAAGAAUUCGACGAAGAAGUCAAAGGGAAGUUCAGGAAAUACAGGUCUUGCCGGCGGAAAAUCUGGGGAUGGUGGAAAGGCAGCUUCAGGUUCUGGAAAUGAUGGUGCCUCACUAAGUGGUGAAAGUGGAAGUGAGGCUUCAUCGGAGGCGAGUGAUGAGAAUACCAACCAACAAGAUUUUUCUACGCAUGGGAAGAGAAGUUUCAACCAGAUGCUUGCAGAUGGAGCAAAUGCACAGAACAAUGCUGCUUACAGCACUGCAGCUGCCGAACCAUCUUUUCCUGCCAGGGGACAACCUGCUCCGAGCCUUCCAGUUUCAGUGCCAGGGAAGCCUGUGGUUCCUGUGCCUGCAACCAAUCUGAAUAUUGGGAUGGAUCUCUGGAAUGCAUCCUCUGCUGGAUCUGUACCCAUAAAGGCAAGACCUGCUGCAGCUGGGGUCCCACCAGCGGUAGUUCCAGCACCAAUGCAACCUGAACAUAUGUGGAUUCCUGAUGAACGUGAACUGAAGAAACAGAGGAGGAAGCAGUCUAAUCGGGAGUCAGCCAGGAGGUCCAGAUUACGCAAACAGGCUUCCAUUAAUCACAUCCAAGGGGGAAAAGAGUGGGAUUUCAAGAAAGAUGGUGAUGCCUCCCUUGAAGAAAAGUGCCUUGUCAUUCAGGAUACUCCAGAGAAGUUUCUAUGUGCCAACCAUUAGAUAAUAAUGUUAUUCACCUAGUCAUGAAUUCAAGGAAUGUGAAACUUCUGAAAAUCUUAUGCAGGAUGGUAGGGUCCCUCAGCCAAAGCAAUGGUUGGGGUCGAACGUUGAUGGUUUUAAUAGAGAGAAUCUGGGAAAUUUAUGUUUUAGACUUUUGUAUGGAUAGGUUCAAUAAAGAUAGUAACCUCAUUUACGUAUCAUGGACUUGGCAAAAGCAGAAGUCUCUUGUUACUAAUCGUCAAUGAUUUCAGAUUGAAAAUGUUGUUGAAAAUGUCAUCUGACUGAUCUAUCAAAAACAGGCUUUUCAUCAGUAUGAUUGAGGUAGGUACUUGAAGAUUUUUUAUAUUCUCUAGUCCUUUUCUGGUGAGCACAUAUUGGUUUAGGCAAAACAAAAUCCGUUACAGCUGGAAACAAUGGAACAUUCUGUUGCUACUCCCCAUAACUAAAGGGACUCCUACCAACUUGGAUUGGACUUGUUUGGUAUGUAUUGCCUUUUUAUUUAUGGUUGUUAAUCAUGAGGUUUCAAGUCCAAACUGGUUGGAUCACAAGUUACGGUCCAUCCAGUGGAUAACUUCUAACCUUUCAUGUGCAUGAGACAUCCAACCUAUCCAAUAGGUUGGGCCAC